AUGCAACAUGCUGAAAAAGAUAUAUUGAACUUUUUGGUAGCUACUGACGAACUAUUAAUUGACGGAGUUUUGGAAGAAGGUCAAUGGCAUCUUAUUGAGAAAAGAUAUAAAUGGAUAUUAUGCAAUUUGGAUUUGGAAUUGGCCAAUUUAAAAAAUAUAUUGUAUAGCUAUAUUCCAUUAAUUAGAUUUACUGAAUUUACUGUUAAUCAGCUUUAUACUUUUGUUUGGCCUUUUAGAGAUAUAAUUGAUAUAAAGUUAAGAAAUGAAAUCGCAGAUUUCCAAAAUAAUUUAAAACUACAACUUAACAUAAUUUUAGAACCAAGGCAACCAAAAUUACACUUCUUUGAAUCCAGCAUUAUUACGCCAUUACAGGCAAUUAAAAUUAUUCACAGAAUUCCAAAAAUUAAACAAUUAACAUUAUCUAAAAUUCAUUGUGAACUUAAUUUACUUUUGCGAGGCACUCGUGAUGGAUUUACAUCUAAAGUAUUUCAUAAACUUUGUGACAAUAAAGGGGCAACGAUUGUAAUUAUGAAGGUCAGAACUUCUGGUGAAAUAAUUGGUGGAUACAAUCCUAUAUGCUGGGGAUAUCAAGAUGGUCCAGAAAGUUUGAUUUAUAUUGAUUCUUGUAGAAAAUAUCUCUACACAAAUAAAAGCUUUAUAUUUUCUUUUAACCCCCGCAAAAAUUCUCAGAAUAUCAAGUUUAGUUCAGCUAAAGGAAAUAAUAAUCCAGCAAUCAAAGAUGACCUACAAUUAGGCCCCUGCUUUGGUAAACAAGAUAUUCAUAUGACUGACGAUUUUAACAAAAAUGGAAAAUGCACCUCACAAUCUUCAAGUUUCGAUGAUAUUAUAUCGGCAAAAAAUUUUUCUAUUAUUGAAUAUGAAGUUUUUCAAGUUGUUUAUAAAAGAAGUGAUGAAAAUAGAUGGAUUUCAUUUAUGAAUCCUAAAUAUUUUAAAAAUGAUAAGUAUAUUGGACCGGUUUAUUAA